UGUCAUUUCAUUAAUUCCUGUCUCUCCAAAAAUACCUAAGUUAUAAAUAGUGACGAAGUAACAGUUACGUCAAUACUGCUCAUCUCUAUCAGCGCUCAUCUCUAUCAACACAAAGCGGUGGUGAAAUAUUUGUUUGCGGCUUUCAUAUAUAAAAUAAAAUUAACAAAUGAGCCGCAUUCCUCUUGACACUUGGUCCAAACGCGAGCAACUAUGCCUAGCCUCGGCAGUAUCGUGCAGCGGCGACCAGAAUUGGAUAACAGUUAGUCGCACACUGAAGUCAGUUUGCGGCAAUGCAAACACUCGACCGGCGGAUUGGUACUCCCAGAAAAAUUGUGCCGUCCAGUAUGGCCAUUUGCUGGAAACGGUCGAGACCACGAAGCGCAAGAAGCGCACCAACGAAAGCAGCGGCUUCUCUUCGCCGGCUACUGUGGCCGUGGAGACUCCCACAGAAAUUCUGCUGCGACGACUAACAGAGGAACGCCUGCUGGAAGUUAAAACCCAGAUGCGUCGAGACCAAGAGCUGUAUAGUAAGGUGCAGCGAGAAAUUGAAGCCUUGCAGUCGGAUGAGAUGACCGAACAGCAGCUGCAGCAAAUGUGGCAGGAAAUCGAAAAGGAACAGGAAACAAAACGCAUAGACGAAAUGAAGCUCGAGAAUCGAAUGCGGGAGCGUGAGCAACGGAAGAAGGAUAUUGCGGGCAGUUGGCGUAACAGGGAAAGUGGAACAGGAAGACGCUCCAACCUAACUGCAGACACAACUUCCGUCGAUAUGGAUGUGGAGGACAUUGCAGCCGCCAACACAGCUGGGGGCAGCACCAAGCAGCAGGCGGCACCCGCUCCUUUGCUAACAUCGCUACUUAAGUCGCCCAGCGGCAGCAGUGGCAACAGCGCCACAUCUCCAACUGGCAGCUCAGCGGGAGCAGGCGUGGCCCGAGCGACGGCAACGGCGCCAACGAUUACUUCGCUACUGACAAGUGGCGCCAGUGCCAUACCCAAUCAGCCGGCAGUCAUAUUAAAAAGUUCUAACGAUCCAGACUUUAUGACUCGACCCAUUAGCGGACCGCCUGUAGCGGAGGUAGCUAACACCGAGCCUAGUCCCUCACAGGCAGCACCAACGCUGUCCAUGCUGCUGGAGAAGAAUAAACUAGCUACUGGAGCAUCAGCAACUACUAGUAAACCAAAUGAAUCGCCAACAAAGUCCGCAGAUGCGGAGGCAAGCUCCAGUGACAAACAAGCUGCAGCAGAUCUGGAGGCAAUAUUCACUGAUGAUCCCGUAGAACAGCAUCUGAUCGAGGCUUUUUGCAAAAAUAUUAUCGAUGACAUUGGCAUUGAAAUUGUCAGCGUUAUUGAUGAGGAGAUACUGAAGAAUGUGGACAAUGUUGUUUCGCCAGCUGAGGAGCCAGCCAACGCUGAAGUAGCUGACUUUGAUGAUAAGCUCGAAUCGCUAAAUCAUAACGAUUCUGCCAGUUGCAAGUCCAGCCAAUCGCCGGCACAGCCGAAAACACAGGAAGUGGUCAUUGGUUCCAGCGAUGACUCCAACGAUAAUAUACCAUUAGCUGCCGUAGCAUCACAGGAGAGCAAGGACCGCAGCCAGCCAUCAGUCGAAGCCGCAGACAUAGCCACAGAUGAUGCAGAAAUUAUAGCCGAGGAGCUAAAUGAAACCAUCACCAUUGCCAGCAGCUCGAGUGAGGAGAAUGCGCGGGAAGUGCCCACACCUGUGGUGGCUGAUACAGUGGAGGCAUCUGAAACAGUAGUUAGCAAAUCUCCUGGAGCAAUUGAAGCCAACACACCCGAAGCUAGCAAAAAGACAGAAGAAAGUGCUCCUUCGGAGGAGACAGAAGUCAAAACUGAGCAAGUCGAGGCCAGCAACGAAGUCUCUAAAGAGGAACCCAACAAGGCAGCCAGCUUGGAGGCCUACAAAGGUACAGCCGAACCCAAUACAGAGAUGAAGACGCCUGCACCAACGACGGCCAGUGCAGUGCACGAUACGGAUGAAGAAUCCUCCUCGCUGACAGACAGCAGUAAGACGGAUGAGCCCAUACGCAACGCUAAAUCCAAGCAGCAAACUGAUGCCAAGCCCGAUCCAGAGUCCAGCACUGGCACGCGACAGACGCCAUCCAGCGGCUUCGGUUUAGCCAGCACACCCGCUCCAGCGCCCGUUUCUGCACGUGCCCCACUGUUGCGUAGGCUGCCGCGUCGCGAUCGCUCCGAGAGUCCCAUGGUGGACGAUGAUACGACAACGGCCAGCGAUCAUUCCACAGCCAGAUCCAGUUCACGUCGACGCUGCUCUUCAACUCCUGUCAUAGAUAGCAUACCCAAUUCACCGGCAUCCAGUGAGCACACUGACGAUCGUCGGGAAACGCGUGGCGCCUCCAAGAAGCUCUUCCUCAGCAUCUACAGCACGCUGCAGGAGAGCAAAUAUGCGUCUCCUUUUCGGCGCGCCUUUCACGACGAGCACCCGCACAGGAAGGCAGAGCUGUGUCUGCGGCCCAUGGACUUGCCCACCAUCAAGCGCAACAUCGACUCUGGCCAUCUGCGCAGCAUUAACGAACUACAGCGAGAUGUGCUGCUCAUGUGCCAGAACCUGCUGCUGGUCUACAAGCCGCAUACCACACAGCACAAGACGGCGCUUCUCUUCAUGCAAGAGUGUCGCUCGCUCAAAGAUUUCGCCACAAUCACUCACACGCCAUCCGAUAACAGUUCCUCCAGCAGCAACAGCAGCAAAGUGGAGAAGGAGAAGGAAAAGGAAAAAGAAAAGGAGCGCACGCCAGCUGGCAACAAAGCGCGCAGUGGCUCGCGCAAGAGCCAGAGGCAUCACUAGACUUAGGUUAUUACUUACACUUCAUAAUAGACCUUAAUAUGAUAUGUGCUAUCAAACCUGCAUAAUCCUUUGCUCCCAUGGCAGCAAAUCAAUGCCGCAAUCUAAUUAAUUAAUUAUAUAAUUCAUCAACUAUUAUAUAAAAUCUGUCUAAUACUAAAUAUUUAAGCACAUUAUACAAUAAGUCUGUCACACAAAAUAAUAGCCAACCAUUAACAAUUUUGUAUACUACACUCGCACAAUAGCCGCUGCUCUUAUACGUAUAAUAAU